AUGAGCUCAGUGGCCGAUAGCUUUUUAGCUAAUCUUAAAAUUCUUGGAUUUGAUCCUGAGGUGUAUGCGACAGGAAUUUUCUCUAACAUUCGGUUCGGCAAUGACAUGUUCACUCGGAAUGCAGAUAACAACAAAGCUUUCGAAAUCACCAGUCAUUUCCUUUUCUCUAAGCUUGAUCCCAUCCAGACCAAAAAAACCUUUAGAGACUGCUGGCCAAUUACAGACUAUAAACGCCAUUCUCGCGAAUACCGAGCAGCAGCUUAUCGAUGGCUGGAACAGCUCAAACGCGACAACUGUCUUUUGGGCCCAGUAGUUCUCAGACGAAGCUAUUUCGAGGAUUGUCGUGGGGAGCAUAUGAAUACUAUUAUGUUGGCAUUUUCCACACAUGUCUUGCAGCGUACUAUUGAUCGUGAAAUCCUCCCUAAUUCUCCCCUGUUAAGUAUGGAACAUGAUCGUAUCCAAAAUGAGAUAGACGGAAUCCCCAUGAAUAUUAACCAUAUCCCUUAUGUACAGUCCUUGGAUUCUGCCACAAACUCACUUCAAGAUCUGCUCGGUAAUUAUGCUUCUAAAUUGACAGCUCAAGUCAAUAAAAUGAAGACAUAUCAUGAACAAUGGGAGAAGUCAGCCAAAUUCAUCGCAAAUAAUCUAAACUCUCAAAGUGAUCGAGAUAACUCUGAUACUUCAGAAGAAAACCCGAAUUAUCCAAGCACGGGAUCAACAGCACUACCCCAGCAAAUGAAUGCGCAAAAUAUUCGUGACAGAUUAAAGAACAUACUUGAUACACUCCGUGCAAAGAACGAGGAUAUUUCAGACGCUGUUUCCAAUAAUCCUGUUAUAGUUACUAGAGCAAACCAGUACAAAGAACAGUGGGCAAGUCUUUACUCGCGCCUUAGGGAACAAUUACCUGAAGAAAAAGAAGAUAAUAUAGGAUUUGUUCUGCCAGAGAUCACAUCAGUACCCAAUGAAUCUGAGGCCGUUGAUCUUGUCAAGCGGAAUGUAUUAGAUAUCAUAUCAAACGAAACCAGAGAACAGAAACUAAAAGAGCAAUCUUCAAAAAAUACUUCUCUCAACAGUACAAAGGGAUAUGAUACUCUUACGGACAAAAACAACCCACCAAGUAGUACCUCAUUUAUAACUGAAAACAAUGCAAACAUUUAUAACCGAGAAAUAACACCGGAAUUAUACCCAGAACAUGAUACAGUAUAUAAAACACCUGAUAAACAGCAAGUUAGACCUGCUACAACUUCAUCGGAUUGGGUCUAUCAUAAAAAUACACCAGGUCAUUAUCAAAAAAGUCAGGAUGAUAUUUCUCCUUUUUCUUCAAAUCUUUCACCUAUUCAUGCUGCAAUUGCUACGGAUGUAAUUGAAAACUUUCAAAGACAAAGGACGCCUAUUCAUAAAGAUCAAAGUCCAAGCCCUUAUCGUGAAUGGCACCGAACCAGCCAUCAUUCUUUUACACACAAAAGAAACCGACAACCUACCGAUCAGUUAGAUGUUGGGGGUUCAUCUAACCAAAAGAUUCAGAAAACUACCCCAACUCAAAAACUACAAAGCCCUUAUCGUGAAUGGCACAAGCGUCGUCGCCGUUCUUUUGAGCACCGAACUACUAAUCCCCCUGAUGCAUCUAUCCUGGAAAACGAUUCGCCAACUUAUGUACAUGCAGCUCAACAGUUCUCAAAUCAGUCUAGCAUGGAGCAUAGUCGUGAGGCUUCUAGUCAAGAAAUAGGCCCGAAACGAAAGAGCAUUUCACAUUAUAUGGAUUCUCCAACACGAAACCGAUCUUUAGAUACUGUGUCGAGGGGUCUAAACAAGGAGGGGCACUAUUUGGCUGACCGGUCUAUAAAUCAACACGAAUCUACACAAAAGGACGAUAUAUGGGGAGAUUUAUUCACAGAGAAAAACUUUACCGAAGACUCAAGAAAACAGACGAUGGAUCAGACUUCUAGAUAUCAAUCUCCUAUACGUCUUUCUUCGCACGAUAAUCCAGAUAAUCAACAAUUCGCUCAUCUAUUUGAACAUACCCCUGUUCACCAAAUGUCUUCACGGGGAAGUUAUAGCUAUGCUGAAGAGGAUGCGCCUGAUAUCUUUGGUGAAAGCCAGCCCUCUCAGUUUUAUCAUAGUGACUAA